AUCCUUCAGCAACUAGCAGGGACAGCUCUAGUCCACAACCACACAGCACCCUGUGACUGACACAGAAGCCAGAGAUUCCUAGCUAAUUUUGGCCAGUCGGGCCAUACGUUUUCACUAUGGGACAAGAGGGGUCUAAAGAAGAACAAGACUACCAACAGGUCCUAACGGAUGAUGAUGAGUUGGGCCAGGAGGUGGAGGGAACCUUUGACCUGGACGUGAAAAGAAGAACCACCAUUCCUAACAUCCUGCUCGCAGGGAACGCUACAAACACACCAGAUGGGGACGACACUGAAGACAUGAACGGAGCGACUAGUACUGCUGAAGAGAAAAGCGAGGAAGCCGUGUUGAGGCCGGAUACCAAGAAAAUCAGAGUCAUGCCGUCAGGGGAAGAGAAAACCGACGCCAAGGAUUCGGCAAAGAAGGAGGAAAAACACGUAAAGUAUGCCGAUGUAGACUUACCCCCUGGUAGUGAUAAAAAAAGUGACAAGGACGACGUAACUGAAUAUACCGACGUUAUUCCACAUGGAAAGAAAGGGACGGGAAAGGAAGAGACGGAAAACGUAAAGGCAAGCGUAAACGGGUCCUCGUAUGAAAAUGUAACGCCCGCCGAAGUAGACAAUAGUACGGGACAGAAGAGUAAGGAAGAGGGGAAAGGUUCUAGUCCAAAUGCUGCUGAAAAAACGACGAAACAAAACGGAGAUUCCAAAGGGGACGUGGAAGAGGAUGACAAAGUCAGUUACGAGGACGUGAUUCCGUCUGGUAGAGUUGGGGAAGAGUACGACGACGUUUUACCCACCGGAAAAUCCGCAGGUCAGAAGACUACGGAAGAUGAUACGAAAGACAGGACUGGGGAAGAUGAGAUAUACGAAAGUGAGUCCAAAAAACAAGCUACUUCGAAAGAUAUAGAAAAGGCAGUAUCAGUAGAGCCUGCGAAAAGCAGUAGGAAAGCGUCAGACAAUGAUGAAGAAUGCGCAGCGUUCUUCGAUCCGUUAGAAGAGUUCGGGGACGGUGACGUCCCCGCUGCUGCAGCAGGGGAUGCUGGGAACGGUAAGGCCGCCACGGAACAAGGUAAAAUCCAGGAAGAGAGUCCACCAAAGACGGAGGGAACAAAUGAAGCCCAAACGAAUGAAAAUCAGGACAACGCAAGUCAAGUGCAUGACGUAAUCCAAGGUCAAAAUCACGAUCAGCAUGACCCAAAUCAGCAAUAUGAUCCGACUUACUAUGGCCAGUAUGAUGCGAAUCAAGGGUAUGAUUAUGGUUACUAUAGUCAAGGCUUCUAUGAGGAGAACCAGCAGUAUGAUUACAGUCAGUACUAUGGGACUGGGUACGAGGCUGAUCAGGCACAGCAGGGACAGGGGUAUGACUACACUUACAAUCAGCAGCACUGGCAGCAGGGACAGUAUCCAGCAUACCAGUAUGACCAAGGGUCAGGUUGGGAACAGAACCAGACAUAUGAAGGUUUUGACCCAUCGCAUACCCAGCCACAGGGACAGCAACCAGUUAGUGAUGACUCCUUCCCCCCACCCCCUCCCAACCUCCCCCUGCCUCCCCCUCCCCCUGACAGCACCCUACCCCCUCCCCCUCCAGGGGAAGAAGAGGAAGGGGAGGUCUAUGAUGAUGUCGCUGAAGGGGGAGCAUCUUCAGCAGGAGUAUACUAUGAUGAAGAGGAGACGAUUUAUGAAGAUGUUCCUAAGGAGGGAGGAGACUCAGACUCUGGGUCAGGCUGGGGGUCAGAAGAGUUCGAGGAUUAUUCCACCGACGAUGAACGAGUCAUCAGCGGCAGCGGGAAGUACGAAUCCGUCGAACUUCCCAAAGAAGAGAAGGAGAAGGAAAAAGUUGGACGAAACCCAAGUUUUCAUAAAAACUUUGAGCAGAUCCGUUCUCGGCUGAGUGAGGACGUCCAACAGUUCAAGGUCGCCAAGAAGGAGUUCCGCAAAGCCUACAGCAGCGGGGUCGCUCAUCUGAAGGACACCAAGAAGUCCUUCAAGAGGAAAGCGAAGGAGAAGAUGAAGGAAGUCCGACACUCGAUGCUUAAGGAGGAGGAGGGAGGAGACGGAGAAGAGGAUGAGACGUUUAUUGAGGUGAAUAUCUCGGGUUCGAAGCACCCCCCUCCCACCCUGCCUGAGGAGCCUGAAGGUCUGAGUCAUCAGCAGGUUGUACGCAGACACAUCCUGUCAUCUAUGUUAGAGAGUGAGAUGUCCUACAUCAACUCACUUCACAGACUUAUACAGAUGUAUGAGAAACCCCUGACAGACGUGGACCCGCCGAUCAUAGAGAAGCGAAAGGUCCGUACGAUAUUCUACAAGGUCCGGGAGAUCCUGCAGUGUCACACCAUGUUCCAGAUCGCGCUGUCUGGUCGGGUGGCAGAGUGGGACCAGAGCGAGAAGAUCGGAGAUGUCUUCGUGGCCUCAUUUUCCAAGUCAAUGGUGUUGGACGUCUACAGUGCUUACGUGAACAACUUCAGCACAGCCAUGGAGACAGUUAAGAAAGCCUGUGCUACCAAACCUGCUUUCUUGGAAUUCCUUAAGGCUCGUCAGGCCAGCAGUGGAGACAGACUGAGUCUGUAUGGACUGAUGCUGAAACCUGUGCAGAGAUUUCCACAGUUCAUUCUGCUGCUACAGGACAUGUUAAAGAACACUCCCAAGGGUCACCCGGACAGGCUGUCCCUGCAGUUAGCGCUCACACAGCUAGAGACCCUCGCUGAGAAGCUGAACGAGCACAAGAGGGAGACAGAGACCAAGUACGAGGUCAAACAGAUCUCCAGGAACAUGAAUGUCAAGUUCGCUACAAAGACCCCCACGGGAGCUCGCUACAUGGUCAGACAAGAUGACAUGGUCCAAACAGUGUACAACGAGCGAGGAGAGGUGCAGAAGACCAAGUCUCGCAGGCUCUUCAUGAUGAACGACAUGCUCGUGUGUGCCACUGUUCUCCCAAGAUCUGAGAGCAGUGCCCGAGUGACAGCGGGGCCCCGGUACAAGAUGAAGUGGAGCUCCCCGCUCUCCAAAGUGAAAGUGGAGGAGGGGGACAUCCAGACCCUGCAGCAGGUUGCCAUGGCAACAGCAGCUGGCGGGAAGAGCCCCCGCCCGCCCUCCGUCAGCGGCGCCAAACCAGACGCGAUGUACGGCGGCCCGGUCCACCUCUACAAGGAGCGUGAUGACCUCCUCUACGACCUGAACCUGGUUGGUCAGAUUCAGAAAUUGGUGGCGCAGUUCAGGGGUACCUAUCAUACAUUUAAUGUUAAUGCUGUAGAGGACUGGUCCAACACCUUACAGAAACUCAUCAAACAAAAGGACAAGCAGAUUAAGCAGGCUGAUCUGUGCAGAAUACUCCUGUCACUGCCGUUCAAGAAUGGCAUCAUCUACAAUGAGUUCAACACCUACACCCCACGGCUGAAAUAUGCAUGGACCACCUCACUAGACAUGGCCAGACUUGCACUAGAACCAAUCAACAACCCUGGCUGGUUUCUCCCAGAGGAUGAUGGGAAGAUGAACAAUGCCUACCGCCCGCUGCUGCAGAAAGUCAUGCCAGUGUUCAUGAACAAACACAUCAGUAUGAAGGUGUCGUGUGCGAUUCACAACCCGCUGGUAUCUGAGCAGGAGGAGGAGGAUCUGUUAGAGGACGGCUACGACAGUUUCUCCAGCGUGGCCUGGGGGUACGUCUGGGUCUGUAGCGGGGAACACUCCCUCGGACAGAUCACUAUCAUGUCCUUCCAGGUAAGAACUGUACAUUUCUCCAGCGUGGCCUGGGGGUACAUGUGGGUCUGUAGCGGGGAACACUCCCUCGGACAGAUCACUAUCAUGACUUUUCAGCCUCCCACGCCGCGUGUGAUUGAGAGCUUUAACGUGUCGGAAUCCUGCAUCAUCAGUAUUGAGAUGGUGCCUGGUAGUGAUGAGGAGAAUUGGGAACAGGCCGUCAGGGAAGGAAGGGAGAAGAAGAAGAACUUUGCUCUGCCCACCAUGUGGCUCGGCACACAGAACGGGAGCCUACAUAUCUACAGCACCACCCAGUCGGCAAAGAAACAGAACCUCCUAACGUUCACCGUGCCAGGGAAUCGCCCUAUCCUCGCCAUCAAGUACUGCAACAAGAGAGUCUUCUCCGCACUAGACGAUGGGAAGGUCGUCAUUCUAAGAAGACUCGAAGAUGGUACGUGGAAGGUGAAGGAACCAAAGAUCUGUCAGCUGGACGACAACAAACCCGUCACCUCCCUCUUCCCGUUUGAGAACAAGAUCUGGUGUGCCUGUGGGAACAGGGUUCACAUCAUCGAUGCAGAGACUGAGCAAAUACAGACGAGUUUUGAGGUGAGCAGUGACGUGUCAGCCAAGCACAUCGUGGUGUCAGGAGUGGGAGUGUGGGUCUCCCUGCAGAACAAGUCCACCAUCCGCCUCUACCACACAGAGACACUGGAGCAUCUGCAGGACAUCAACGUGGCCUCAACCAUACACAGGAUGUUAGAUGAGCUGGAUCCAAAAGUACAGGAGCUGUUGUCAGACCAGCCCAUCCAUGUAACACUGCUGGAGGCCAGCAAAGGCUGCCUGUGGGUGGGCACCAACCUGGGAGUAGUAGUGAGCCUCCCCCUGCCCAGACUAGGGGGAGUUCCACUCAUCACCGGGAGGGGGAUGGUUGCCUACCACGCCCAUAAUGGCCCAGUGCGCUUCAUCACUGUUAUCAAGACAAAGACACACACUAUCAAGAGUAAGACCAAGGAAAGGAGACCAAGUGAAGCGUCUUCUGCGUCGGGAUCUGAACCCCCGACCCCACCAAUCGGGAAGAAGCGUGGCAUGGCGGCAGAACUGAGAGAGGCGGUGGCUGGGAACAUUAAGGAGAAACGUAGCAGCAACGUCAGCUCUGGGUCAGACGAGUCUGACAUGGUUAAGACCCUGUACUCUCAUCUUACCAUGGACCGGUCCUGUACCCCAGAGAUGAUGAGACAGUACUCGGAGGACAGUAGUACAUCUGAUGUCCUGGCGCCCCCCUCCCCAGCCCCCGCUGCACCCGGCUACCCAAACCUGUCCCGCACUGACGACGCCAAGAGUGACAGCAGCAGCGAACACGGUGCGACCGCCACGGAGAAGAAGAAGGAAGAAGAGGAAAGAACGGCUACUGUGAAGAACAUAACCAUGAUGGUAGUGAGUGGAGGGGAGGGGCACUGUUACCUGUACGAUCCUGAAACUGCCAUGCAACAGAGGAAAAAUAAAGAAUCCAUGGUGAUGGUUUGGCAGUGCAAAAUGUAGUCAACAAACCACCUUAUCCUGAAAGUUCAUCUGUAUUAGUAGAAGUCAUUAUGCAGCAAGAUUAAACUGUAAUUUCCAACACAAGAAAUUGGACUCACCCACAUUUUCGACUGUACGACUGUUCAAUCCUUGACAAAGACUGGAGUUGUACAGUCGAAAAUUUGGGUGAGUCAAAUUUCUUGUGUUGGAAAUUACAGUUUGAUCUUGCUGCAUAAUCAAACCACCUUGUUCAAUCUCUUAAAAUAUGAGAUUCCUGUUGCAUUGGUAUGAGGGUUGUUAUAGUGUGACUCUGUGGCUUUGCUUUAAGAGUUCAAUGCAUCAUAGUUUGUAAUUCUACAGCACUACAAAAGCAUCUAUUUUCACCUUUGAUGUGCAGAUUUUGUAGUACCUUUUGGGGUAUAGGUAACCACCAUGAACUAUUGUUAUAUCAAAAACAAAAAGGGACAAAAUGGUUUGUAUUUAAACUGUGGUGUAAGUCUACAUAGCAAUAGCUUGCCAGAAGACUUUCUCUACAAGAAGACAGAAUCAAAGAAAGGAGAUUAAAAUGAGAUGAUUUUGAUGUUGCAAAAAGCAGUAGACAUUCCAGAUGCAAAGUGCACUGGUUUACUAGUUAUCAAUGAGGUGCCCUGGAUAACAUUAACUUUCAGCCUGCUAAGGUUAAGCAAGUUGGCAUCAAAUUUGUAUUGGGUAUGGGGUUAGGUAGUAGGAAGAAUGUUAAAUAACUUUUUCCCAAUGAUCACUCCAUGUUUAACCCACCGAUGGUCUGUAACUCACGUAGACAAAGAUGUUGUUCAAGAGAAUUAUGAAUAUGAAGUAUGAAGUAUGAUUAUUUCAGUGCCUGAUGUAAGAUUAAAGCUUAUGCUAUUAUUAGUAACUGCAAGACUUUAGUACAAAAAUGUAUUUAUUCAUAAUUAUUUCUAUUAUCACUGAUUGUACAAAAGUUUAGUUGCUUAGACUUCAUGCGCUUAUGUAGUGACUUAAACAUACCGGUAGUAGAUAAAAAUUUCUGAGAAAACCCAACUUUAUACGCUUCUUGUUGCACUCUUCAUGAUAUUUAACUGCUUUGAAUGUUUUUGUAAUACCACCAUGUAGAUUAUUUGUGAUAAUAGGACAGAUGCUAAAUGCUACAUGUGUAUUUUGUUACACUGCGAAGUUGCAGUGGAAUUUUUAAGCCCACCUUAAUGAUGCUUUCAAGUUGCCCACCUUAACAAUGCUUGCAAAUUUAUGUACUUGCAUGCACUGCAAGGUUUUUGAAGCCAUAUUUUCAUUUGUUCACUUAUAUUGUCACAAUUUUGUUAUAGGAAGAUCACAUUGACCAAGAGAAGUCAACAAGGCAAACCAAAAUUAGGAAUAUUUGGUUGGUUUUAUGUACAUGUAGAUUUAUUUGCUCAAAAUAUAGUAAAACAUUUUUGUGUAGACAUUUGGCUGGCUCAAAUGUACUUCUUUACAGUAAUUUAAUUGAAGCAUUAUUUCUGCAAGUGUUGGUUAUUUUAUGUUUCUGGUGUUUUGCUUUCUUGAGCCUGAUUUAAACAGUUCUGAUGUCAGCAGAUGAUUCCAUUUUUGUACUUUUUUUGAGGAUGAAGACCCCAAAUGACGUAGAUAUUAUCUAUUUUGCAUAAUUAUUGUUUGCUUCAGAAACAAUUGCUGUGUAACAAUUUCUGAAUUUGUCUCUUCGUGUUGGUUGUUUGAUAACUGCACACUAUACUUAAACUCUUCUUUGCUUUCCUGUACACUUUGUUGAUUGUCCUCCAAUACCACUUUGACGUUUGAGCUAGAACAAAGCUAAUCAUCUCUACAUAUCUGUGCAAAUCUGUUUUUACCACUGACUAUGGUCAACCACUGUCCUUGAUGCAGUACAACAAUACCAAGAGAUAUACAUGUAUAAUUAUCUAAACCGUGUCCAUUGUUAUACUACAACUUUAACUUGGAUACAAGAUGGAAAUGUGUACCUUUUUGGUAGAACUAAUUGUUAAUACUGAAGAGAACCCUACAUUGCUGUAAACUGCUGUUUUACUUAAAGUAUGAAAGGGAAGGAGGGUGCUUCAAUGAAUACACAAAAAUGUCGAUAGAGAGUAGAUAGAAAUUUUAAAACAUGGCAAAGAAAAGGGUAACAUGUACGUAGACUAUCUACCUUGUAGUCGAAUAAUUGCUUUGGCUGUCUCACACAUCUCUUUAUCCCCACAUGUUCCCUUUUAAUAUUAGUACCUAUUGAUUGUGGUACGUUUCUCUGUCUUUCGAUGAGACACUACAUGUGUGAUGUAGUUAACUGUUAAUGUGGUGCUAGAUCUCUGUAGGAAAUUGUCUAAAGUAUUUUCAUAUCCACAUGUACAUCAUGUAACGUUACCUUAUUGCAAGCAAUAUUGAAAGGUAUGUAAUCCCGCAAACAAAGUAAUAUGAGAAGGAUCCAUACCAGUAUUGCAGACUGUAUGGAAGAAAUACAGGGAUUGCUGACUGUAUGGCACUUGAUUCUGUAGUGAAGACUUAUAAUGGUAAGAAAAAAAAUCCAUGUGAGUUUAUCAUCCAUGAUUUGGAGUUCUUGAGCAUUGUCAUUCUCUGUGUGCAGAAUGGUGAGUAGUUUUUCUAUGACAAGGUACAAUAAAUGGCUGUUUUU